GCUUAUGGCAUUGUGUGGAAAGCAAUCGAUCGCAGGACAGGAGAAAUAGUUGCUGUUAAAAAGAUUUUUGAUGCUUUCAGGAACAGAACAGAUGCUCAGAGAACAUUUCGAGAGAUUAUGUUCCUGCAGGAAUUUGGAGAACAUCCAAACAUUAUCAAGCUGCUUGAUGUUAUCCGAGCUCAGAAUGACAAGGACAUCUACCUCAUCUUUGAGUCCAUGGAGACAGAUUUACAUGCUGUGAUUAAGAAGGGGAAUUUGCUGCAAGAUAUCCACAAGUGUUACAUUCUCUACCAACUCCUGAAGGCAACUAAAUUCAUUCACUCAGGAAAUGUUAUUCACAGAGAUCAGAAGCCUUCAAAUAUCUUGCUGGAUGCAGACUGCUUUGUUAAACUCUGUGAUUUUGGGCUGGCUCGUUCUUUAAGUCAGAUGAAUGAAGAGCAAAGCAACCCUGCCCUAACGGAGUAUGUGGCAACACGGUGGUACCGAGCCCCUGAGAUCUUACUUUCCUCUCGGAGUUACACUAAAGGUGUAGACAUGUGGAGCAUUGGCUGUAUUCUGGGAGAGAUGCUACUUGGGAAACCUCUUUUUCCUGGAACAUCAACAGUGAAUCAAAUAGAGCAGAUCUUGAGGGUCAUUCCUGCCCCAUCCCCAGAAGAUAUUUUGUCUAUGCAGUCAGAUUACAGGGCCUCAGUUAUUAACCACAUGAGCUCCCGGCAGCAAGUAACAUUUGAGGAGAUUUUACCAUCCUCUACUCCAUCACCUGCCUUGGAUCUUCUGAAGAAACUUUUAGUAUUUAACCCCAAAAAACGACUCACAGCAGAGGAGGCUCUGCAGCAUCCUUAUGUGAAAAGGUUUCACUGUCCUGCCAGGGAGCCCUCUCUGGAUUACAAUGUGAUUCUUCCUCUAGGUGAUGAUAUCCAGCUGUCUGUGGCAGAAUAUCGAAAUAAAUUAUAUGAGGUGAUCCUUGAAAAGAAAUUAAACAGCCAACCAAAGGAGCAAGUGCAGAGAGAAAACAUUCAACUCACUCAGUCUGAAUCCAAGCCACUUCCUCCAGAUUCCAGUUCUGUGGCUUUACCUACCUGGAAAUGCCAGAGACAACCAACACCACCUCUAAAGGCUUCCCACGUGCAUGCUGGAACUACGACCAGCGUCCAGCCAGAAGUAUCCAGCCAGAGUGAAGAUUUAACAAGAGCUUCAUGUCAGAGAUCAAAGAUGAAUGUGAUAUACAAUCCUCUAACACACACUGCUGUGCAAAGUAAUGCAAAUUCUGGUACUGUGAUCGGGAACUGUUCUGCACCACCUGCUCAGCAAGCCAGAGUCUCCAGCUGUAGGAAACUGGGGAGACAAAUCACAUGGGCAAAUGCUACACCACCUCCUGCAAGUGUGCAGAAUCUUCAUAAUCCAAGAAAUACUCAGUUUCACAGCAAAGAGGUUCGUCCCCUUCUGAAGCCCAGUAAAAGGAUGUUUCAAAUUACUGCAAACGUGGGAGCUGCUGGUGAUCCAAAAGCAUCAAUGGGCAGUUACUCCCAGGCCUAUGGAAUCAUAUGUAAGUCUGCUCUGCAGAGCCUUCCAAUACCAAAGCCCUCCCAGCAACAUGAGCAGUGA